UCUGUCCCUCUAUUCCACUCACAGAUCGGCAUCCUUCCUUACCUUGAGCUUGCCCUGAUCCAGGUCGAGGAGCACUUUGCGUCUGAUGGAUUGGGUGUUGUUGGGUACUACCACGCCAACGAGAGGAAGGAUGAUGCCGAGCUUAGUGGUGCCGCCAAGAAGAUUGGCGACCACAUCUUUCGAUACUUCCCGCAGGCGGCCUUGCUUUUGUUAGACAGUAAAAAGCUGGAAGGAUUGCCUAAAGGGAAGGGACGCGAUCCUGUGUUGCAG